UGGGAACCAGACAUCAAGCAGGACAACCAGGAUGAGGAGAAUGUGAGAGAUGGGCCAGGCUCUCCAGAGCAGGAACCUGUGAGAGAUGUAGACACUGACAAACCAGACAAGCAGAAGAAUUACACCUCACACAAAGUCCUGCUGAAAGAACGAGAGGAUAAGCAUGCGCUCAUUAAGAACAUUGAGAAGCUGGAGGCAGAGCUGAGCCAAUGGAAACUCAAAUAUGAGGAACUGAACAAGAGCAAACAAGAGGCUCUAAAACAGCUGAACUUGUUGAAAGAGGUGCAUCAGGAUGAGCUGGGCCGCAUGUCUGAAGAUCUAGAGGACGAGUUGGGGGCUCGGAGUAGCAUGGACAAAAAACUGGCGGAGCUCCGUACAGAGAUGGAACGUCUGCAGGUGGAGAACGCAGCAGAGUGGGGUCGUCGGGAAUGUCUGGAGACGGAAAAGCUGGCUCUGGAGAGGGAAAACAAAAAGCUGCGUGCCCAGAUGGAAGACCUGGAGGAGCAGCUGGCACGCAAACGCAGGCAGGCCGCCAGCGCCCUGGACACCGACCUCAAGACCAUCCAGUGUGAGCUGUUUGAGAGGAACAAGGAGCUGGCAGAUUUGCGGCAUGUCCACUCCAAGGUUAAAAAACAGUACCAGGAGAAGAUGGCCGAGCUGGCACAUGCUAACCGGCGUGUGGAGCAGCAUGAGACAGAAGUUAAGAAGCUCCGACUGAGGGUGGAGGAACUAAAGAAAGAGCUGGGCCAGGCUGAAGAUGAGUUGGAUGAGGCUCAUAAUCAGACCAGAAAGCUACAGAGGUCCUUGGAUGAGCAGGUGGAGCAGACAGAGAACCUACAAGUUCAGCUGGAGCACCUACAAUCCAGGCUAAGGCGUCAGCAGAAUCCUGGCCUCUUUGGCAAGAUGAGGACAUCAGCUUCCUCGCGUUUUGUGCCUGAAGACGCAGACACCCCCCCUAGUGACCCAGAUGAAGAUGAGGAAGAAGAACUGCAGCUCCAGAUCUCCUAAAAUGUUCACUCCAGACCUGGGAAUGUACGAAAGACUCGUAGCUCGCACCCGAGCAUUUCACUUUCCCCUUCAUUUCAUCUCCCAGCUGAAUCCAGAGGAGGACACAGACUUCACAAUCCUCAGCAGACAGAUAAACACAACUAGUUUUUCAGUAGCCACUUUUCAACAGCGUAAAAAGUGUGUGCGCCAGGGCCAAAGCUGUGCUUUAAACUGUAUCUGAAAUCUCAUCUAAAAAUCUGCUUCUCUGUCUCAACCAAUAUAUUCCUGGUUAUAGUCCAAGAUGGCACAUAGAUGAUUGAUCCAAAGAUACACAUGACUUUGUACAGGUUCAUAGACUAUUGUUAGACUCCAUCGUUGACUUUCAAGGGUCAUAUGAGCACUAAAAAGCCCCUUUGAUGCCUAGUGACUCCUAGAAUGCACAUGGUAAAGUAAUAGGAGCACGCGUGCGUUGGCACACAGUUCAAAGCCUGAAAAAGCCAAUUGUUACUUGUUCACACUUUUAAACAAUGAUUCCCUGGAAAUAAAUUGACAAGGUCUAGACGCAUCACAUUACAAUCUCUUAUCUGGCCUACAAAAGCACCCAUGCGUCCAUACAGUACCUCUGCUUUUCCGGUUCAUGUGCGGUUUACAUGCGUGUUCCCUGCCUCCCCUCUUCAUUUUUCCCAUCACCUGCAUUAUCAUUUUUUUCUUGCCACCCUUUCCUUUCAAUUGUUCCCUUUUUCUCUUCCCAUUCAUUUUGAUUUCUUAUUUAAUCUUUUGUCAGCCCUCCCACACAUCCUUAUUCCUUAACACCAACUCUCACAUCAAUAUUCAAAACAACCCAUUCAGAACGUGAUAAUUAUGUUUCCUGUGUCUGGGGAACAUUUCAUUUCUGCUGUGUUGUUACUGAAGAGGCAGACAAAUGAUUUGUUUUUUGCAAGUAGUCCUGUUUUAAUUGUCCCAGAGUUUUUCUUGGUGACCAUAUAAAUGUGUUUCUGUCUUUGCA